CACGCCCUCCUCUCUGUCUUUGUGUUCGCUUCUUCUUCGUCUCUGCCGAAGCUCCUCUCCCCAGCUGAGGAAAUUAUUCAUCGUCGUUUUAAUUUUUUCAGAUUUUCGUGUAUACAUAAACGUCCCUCGUGCAGAGACAGGAGUUUCUGAUGGGUUGUACUGUGAGGGAGAAGCAUGUGCGACCUAGCCGGAAGACCCGAUCCGUGAAACCCGAAUUCGAUCCGUGUUGUUUGUUUGAUAGAACGGCUCUGUCGAAAUCCAUUGUUGAAUCGAGUCUCAAACACCUGGUUUCUCAUUCGGGACUUUCGGAUUCGGAUACGGACCCUGGCACCAUCCCCAUGUCCUCCAACUCUACUGGGGGGUACUGUACAGAGGAUCAGCUGGAGGAUAUUCUGCUGAAACAUUUGGAGUAUUUGUACAAUGAAGCUAUCUCUAAGCUCAUUGCAUUGGGUUACGAGGAGGAUGUAGCGUUGAGAGCCAUUUUGAGUAAUGGGUACUGCUAUGGUGGUAUGGAUGUGUUGACAAAUAUAAUGCAUAAUUCAUUGGCUUAUCUCAAUAGCAGUAGCACUGGGGGUAGUAACGGGAACAAUGAGGAUCAGUCGGACACCGUUUUCACAGACUUGAGGCAGUUGGAGGAGUAUUCACUCGCGGGUAUGCUUUAUUUGCUGCAACAAGUUAAACCUCAUCUGAGCAAAGGUGAUGCCAUGUGGUGUUUGCUAAUGAGUGAACUCCAUGUCGGUAGAGCAAGUACGAUGGAUAUACCGAGUUUGGGAAAUGGAACUAACAAUGCCAUGCAUAGUAAUGUGGAGGAUGUUAACGGUUAUAAUAUGAAUGGUGCGGGUGUUAUGGCACCCGCAUUAUGCAGAUUCCAUGGAGGAUGGGGUUUCGGAAAUGGGGGAGGACCGGAUUUUUCUGCUAAUGGGUUUUCUUCAUACAAUGCGGAGGUGACACUGCAGAGAGACAUAGAUUGUCCGAGGAAAUUUAAUCUUUCACCAUCCAUGAAGUCCUUGUUGAAGAGGAAUGUUGCAGCAUUUGCUGCUGGAUUUCGUGCUGCUAGUCUGAAACAUAUGCAGGUGCAAACUCAUACUAGCGGUAAUGGCGUGUCUAGUACAAAUGCUGGAUGUGCGGAAACGUGUGAGCAACCUCAAAACUCAGGAAGUGAAGAAAGUGUUAGUUCGGUGUUGGAUAAGUUUCGGGAUUUGAACCUUGAUGAGAAUCUUGAAUCAGCUGGUGAGGAUCAAAAGGAUGGCGUGAUAGUCAGUUUGAUUCAUCAGAUCAAGGAUCUUGAAAAGCAAGUAAAAGAGAGGAAGGAUUGGGCUCAUAAGAAGGCGAUGCAAGCUGCCCAAAAGGUUAGCGAUGAACUAGCCGAGCUAAAAAUGUUGAGGAGUGAGAGAGAAAAAACUCAACGGUUAAAGAAGGGAAAACAAACACUUGAAGACUCAACCAUGAAAAGGUUAUCUGAAAUGGAAAAUGCUCUAAGGAAAGCUAGCAGCCAAGUUGACAAAGCCAAUGGAGCUGUCAGAAAGCUUGAGAAUGAAAAUGCAGAAAUCCGAGCAGAGAUGGAGGCUUCCAAAUUAAGUGCAGCAGAGUCGCUUACUGCAUGUGUGGAAGCAGCAAAGAAGGAGAAAAAGUGCUUGAAGAAGCUUCUGGCCUGGGAGAAGCAGAGAAUGAAGUUGCAGGAUGAGAUUACCUCUGAGAAAGAAAAAAUCAAGGCGCUUAAUAGGUCUUUAGCUCUGAUCAACCAGGAAGAAAAGGAAAAUGAGGCGAAAUGGAGGCGGGAGCAGGAAGCUAAGGAGAAAGCAGUGGCUCAAGUGGAGGAAGAACAACGUGCCAAGGAAGCAGCCGAAGCUAGCAAUAAACGGAGGCUCGAAAGCUUGCGUUUGAAGAUCGAAAUAGAUUUCCAGAAGCACAAGGAUGAUCUCCAAAGACUUGAACAAGAGCUCUCCCGGCUGAAGCCCUCUUCUGCUGCUGCUACUCCAUCCACAACGGAAUCAAGCCUUCAAUCCGAUAAGACCUCCCCCACUGGAGAAGCCAUUUCCAGGCUGCUUGAGGAGCUUGAUAGGCUCGACGGGUCGUAUGAAAAGGAGGCGAACUACGAUAGGGAAUGCGUCAUAUGCAUGAAGGAUGAGGUUUCCAUCGUGUUUCUACCAUGCGCUCACCAAGUCAUAUGUGCAAGCUGUAAUGACAGCUUCAUGGGCAAAAAGGGUAGUGGCAAAAUCACCUGUCCCUGCUGCCGAGCUCCUGUUCACCAGAGGAUCCGUGUCUUUGGAGCAACUUAUUAGCCAAAAUAGCUUUUGGGGUUUGAAAGAGAACACAGCUCAGGUUCUUCUUUUUCAUGGCCAAUACCUUUUUUAUUUUAUCCCUCAAGUCUGCUUUCACAGUUCUAUGAAAUCUGGACUUGCAUUGCAUGAUAUAGUUUUUCUUUUUGGGAGUUCUUGAGAAAGUGUUUCCUGGUUGCUGCUCUUUCCGGGAUUUGAGGAUGUAAGUAAAUAAAAUCGAUAGCUUCUGUUACUA